AUGACUGUCGACUACUCCGUGUACCUCGUCACCGACUCCACCAUGAUCCCUGAAGGGUGUACUUUUCUUGGACAGGUGGAGCAGGCGGUGGCCAAUGGCGCCACCCUCGUCCAGCUCCGGGAGAAGCUGAUGCUGACCCGCGACUUCAUCGCCCAGGCAGAAAAAGUGCACGCCAUUUGCAAGGCCAAGAGAGUGCCGCUCAUCAUUAACGAUCGGGUCGACGUCGCUUUAGCCAUUGACGCUGAAGGUGUUCAUGUGGGGCAAGACGAUAUGCCAGCGCCGCUAGUGCGCCGCCUCAUUGGCAACGAUAAGAUUUUGGGGGUGACCUGUUCUACGGUGGAGGAGACGGAGCAAGUGGCGAAGGAGGCGGUGGCCGACUACGUGGGGUUAGGCACCGUGUACCCGACCAAGACCAAAUCCGACGUCACUGACCCUCACGGUACUGGCCCCUUGGGCAUUCGCAAAAUGCUCAAGGUGCUUCAGGAGCACAACCGAGACGGCGCUAAGCCGCCGAUCCGCUCCGUUGCCAUCGGCGGCAUUAACCAUUCUAACGCUGCACAGGUGAUGUACCAAUGCCGUGUGGGCGCUAACACCGAUAACGAAGAAGCCAUUGAUGGGGUAGCGGUGGUGCUGUGUAUCAUGGCGCUGAAGGACGCUGGCAAAGCCACUCGCGAGCUCCAGCAGUUGGUGACGGCGCCGGCGCCGUGGCUCGCCACCGCCUCCAGCGAGGUUGAGACCUCUAAUAACUACGUGGGAGCGGUGCGCGAUAAGUCGCCGUUAGUACACCAUUUAACCAAUAACGUCGUCAAGAACUUUAGCGCCAACGUCACCCUUGCUGUGGGGGCGCUGCCGAUAAUGUCUGAGCUCAAGGGCGACUUCGGCGACCUUGCCGCCGCCCCCUAUGCUGCCUGUGUCGUCAACAUGGGCACCCCUGACCCCGACACUUUGGCCAUGUUUGCCGCCGCCAUUGGCGCUUACAACAAUGCCCGCAAGCAUGUUGUGUUCGACCCUGUGGGCUGUGGCGCCACUAGUGCUCGACUUGCGGCCGCCGCCAAAAUCGUCAAUAGUGGCGUGGUGUCGGUGAUCAAGGGUAACCCCGGCGAGGUGUGGGCGUUGUCGACGUUGGGCGCCAACUACCAAGCCUCGUCGAAGACUGUAACCUCUAAAGGUGUUGAUUUUGAUGGCGCAAUGUCCGAUGACGAUCGGCGUGAAUUAGCGCUCACCGUCGCCCGCGAAUUCCGCUGUAUCUGUGUCGUCACCGGCGCCCACACCUGUAUCGCCGACGCCGACCAUGCGGUGAUCGUGGACAAGGGGCACCCGAUGAUGGGACAGGUGACGGGACUGGGGUGCCUGUUGGGCAGUGUUAUCGGUGCCCACCUUGCUGUGGCCGACUUGACGGCGCCGUCAGCGUUCGCUGCUGUUGUCAGUGCCAUCGAACGCUACGGUGACGCAGGCACCGCCGCCGGCGCUGGCGCCCCGGGCCCGGGAUCAUUUGUCCCAAGGUUCAUUGACGAGUUGGCCCGCCAAAAAUAG